AUGGAUUCUAAUUACAGAGCAAACAUCAGCAAGUGGCUGCCAGUUGCUGGCAGUGUCCUGGAGAAAUGGUUCGCCGAAUCCUCGUCGCUCGACGCCAGAAUGGGCAACCUCGUGGAAUGCAUAGCCUUAAUCAUCCAGGACAUUACAGACGUGCAGGCUUGUGAUCUGGAGGCUUGUGGCAAUAUCGCGAGCGAUCUAGGGGAAGUUACGAAACGUUACAAACCGAUUUCCACGAUGACGUUAAGCUCCCAUCCGAUAUACAAAUACAAAAUGCGUCAUUAUCUGGUGUCGAUGAAACGGAAGCUGAACGUGCUCGCCAGAUCCACUCGGAACUUGAUCAACGAAAUCGUCGACUGCAAGAGCGAGGAGCUGCUCAGAGUCGUCUUCAAACUGGUGAACGUUUACAACGACAUUCUGAGCAUGGAUAUCGACGUUUCGGAUCCGUCGACGAACGUCUUCCACAACGAUAGCCCGCAAAUGUUGGAGCCCUUGAAAAAGAUGUCCGUCACACGGAUACUGCAGAUGCUGGCCAAGAACAGGGCAGAGGAGACCUGCCACGAGCUCAUCGACUGUCUUCUGACGAAUUACGAGCCUCGGGAGAGAACCGAUCCGGCGUCGACGACGGAGGCCGGCGACGUCUCGGAGAAUUCGAGUAUCGAGAUCUACCGGGCCCUCACGAGACACUUGACGCCGCCGAUCGAGAGCGCUUCAUCGAAAGCCGAGAUGGAGAUGUCGAACGUCGAGAGCAUUCAGACGCUGGUCAAUACGCAGAACGAACAGGUCCUCAAACUGUUGAACGUCGUGCAAGAUGUCUCGCCGCAGUUGUUGGGCAACGAAGCAUUGAAGACCGUCAAAGGCGAGACAAGACUGAGGAGCAGUGCCACAAAGAAGGUGAAGAACUACUAUCAGGAGGUCGCCUGGGGCGCGUUGUCGGGUAUCCUGGACCACGUGAUCCUCUGGUGGUCCCCGGAACCGCUCGCCACUCAUCACAGUCACGGAGCACAGCACCUCAAGGACUGGCUCAGUCAGUUCGUCCAGAGGAAUCCUGUGUCUCCGACGGCGAGGCCGGCUCUGCAGAAUCUCUGCGACGCUCUCGGGUACCAUGCAACCCUCACCGUCUGGGACCAGCUGUUUCGAAUCGCUUACACGUCCGCGUUCCAGUGUCAAUCGAGACCCUCGUCCACGGAGGGGACUGACACGGGCCAGAAGUUCGCAGAGGUAUUUCAGCUGCUGGUUAGACUGAGCAACGAGUGCGAGGCUGGUGGCGAAUGGGUGAUCGGUGCACCGGUGAUCGAGCUACCACUUACAGAGCAGAUCGUCAUUCUCCAUCGAUUGGAUCACUCCGUGCACACCGUGAGACUGUGGAUCGUGCAGGAGGCGAAGACCAUAGCCCACACGUGGGAGCUGGAAGUGUUCUUCCUGUUGGUCAAGGGCGACAUACUGAACUGCUUCGAGGAGCUAUCUUAUCGAAAGCUUGCCGAUCAUACGAACGAACUGUCCAUGGACUCUGUCAACGUUCAGGUGUACGUCUGCGGGAAGAUGAGGGCGAAGAUCGCCUCUGAAGUGAACGUUAACGUGGAUUUACUUCAGAAGUGUGCCACCGAGUGUACAGCAAUUCUCGCGAAGAUCUGUCGCGUGGUCAGUCUCGCCAAUCUCCACAUGUGCUUUCCACGAUCGAGUUACUGGCGUCGUGGAGGAAACAUCGCCCCAACGAACCCUAGCCUCUACGUGGAGGAGUAUUUCGAAAAGGUGCUGCUCCCGGUACUAGAGGUUAUCGAGGAUCACGAGACGUCGAAUAUGAUCCUGAGAAUUAUGUGCGAGGCGUGGCUCGACUACAUAUACCUGCAUCGAAUUAAAUUCAGCGAGCACGGGGCGCUGCAGUUGCUCACGGACUUCGCGUACGUGUCGAAAUGGGUCUCUGGGUGCACGAUAAUUUCGCAGGAAGUGAGGGACCGUCUUUUGAAGAACGAGGUACUGAGACGUUGCGAGGGUGUGGGCAGACUACUCUUGCGGCAUCCUGGCGAGGCUAUCUCUAUGCGCAAAAAAAUGGUCACAAGGACGAACGAGCAAGGCUCGCCUGAGUCACCUGGAUUGGAACGAAUGCCUGCGGAGAUGUACGUGCCGAAUCAAGAACAAUGGCUAGAACUACGGGCCCCUAAAAGAUUAACGUUCUGGUGCACGGAUUGA